CGUCCCGUCCGGUUUAAAAAUGAUGGGCUAGAAACAAGUCAAAACUCAAAAAAGGUUAUAGCAAAAAAGUCUGCUUCGAAUCUCCCUAUUAAUAGCUGCCGUUUCUUCUCACCAACUAAGCAAAAGCUCAUUAAAGUUCACGGAUCAUUGCAGAUCCUGGAGAAGACGGACAUAGAUAUUUCAGUUGAUUCAAUAACCCUUUUCUUCAGUCUCUCUGUAUCGUCGUUUCUUACAGACGAUUACUAUGUCAGGUCAAUCGCUUUCUCCUUCUUCCUCUUUUGUGUUUCCGACAUCAUCCCAUCAUUUUCUGCGUUGAAUUAUGCUUCAUGGUUCUUCCCCGACAUACCAAGAUGGUAAUCAAGAACCAAUCUUGGUGAAGGAGGAGAGUGUGGAAGGUAUUCCAUCUCCACUCUUGAAGCUCAAAAGCUGGCAAUGGUGGGUUCUUGUGUCUAUCAACAUCUUAUUCCUCAUUGGUGGUCAAGCUGCUUCCGUCCUUCUCGGUAGGUUUUACUACGAAGAAGGUGGGAACAGCAAAUGGAUGGCCACUCUUGUUCAAACCGCUGCUUUUCCGAUCCUCUAUAUCCCGCUUCUGCUCCUUCCUUCUUCCUCUUCUUCAGAGCCCGCUUCUUGCUCCCUUAAAACCAUUGUCUUGAUCUAUGUUCUGCUCGGUGUCAUCAUAGCUGGAGACAACAUGCUGUACUCUGUUGGACUUCUAUACCUCUCCGCAUCCACUUAUUCGCUCAUUUGCGCCACACAGUUGGCUUUUAAUGCGGUCUUCUCUUAUUUCAUCAACGCUCAGAAGUUCACUGCUUUGAUCCUCAACUCAGUUGUGCUCCUCUCCUUCUCUGCUGCUUUGAUUGCCCUUAACGACGAUGCAGACGCUCCUUCUGGUGUCUCUAGGUCCAAGUACGUUGUCGGGUUUGUGUGUACACUCGCUGCAUCCGCUCUCUACUCUCUACUGCUCUCGCUCAUGCAGUUCUCCUUCGAGAAGAUUCUGAAGAAAGAGACGUUUUCAGUGGUUCUCGAAAUGCAGAUCUACACUUCUCUAGUGGCUACUUGUGUCGCGGUCAUUGGGCUUUUUGCUAGCGGGGAAUGGAGAACGCUGCACGGUGAAAUGGAAGGUUAUCAUAAAGGCCAAUCCUCUUAUGUACUGACUUUGGUCGGAACAGCAGUUACAUGGCAAGUAUGUUCUGUAGGAGUGGUGGGUUUGAUAUUUCUGGUGACGUCACUCUUCUCAAACGUUAUUAGUACGCUCUCUCUAGCUGUGACUCCACUAGCGGCUUUGGCUGUGUUCCGUGAUAAGAUGAGUGGGGUUAAGGUUAUGGCGAUGCUGAUCGCUCUUUGGGGUUUCGCUUCUUAUGUUUACCAGAAUCAUCUCGAUGAUUUGAAAGUAAGACGGGCUAGAAAGCAACCUCAAACAGGGCAGGUGGAUCCACACUGCUGAAUAUUCUGCGGUUAUCCAGGCAGAUGUAUCGGUUUAGGUUACUAUACUCUGUGGUUUAGAUUAAGCAACAUUCAAUAAUUGCCAUUCUUAGGACAAGCUGUCAUAUUGCUUAAAAAUCAAAACUUGUCGUACGGUCAAAUUUUAAUAUACAACAUUUUACGAGAAUAAAGAUUCGGAAAUAAAAUGGUUUGAAGUGGUUGAUACUUCUACCAUCAAGUUAGCCGGA